AUGGAGAUCAUGCCAGAGCUGCAGAAAGCUGCAGCAGCUCAGGAACUUGACGAGCGAUGUUUCCUGUCAGCGCAGUCCAUGCCCAGUCUGAAGGUAUCCGAUCACUUCCAGGUGGUAAAGCUCCUAGGAGAGGGAUCCUACGGAAAGGUCAUGUUAGCCGUACAUAGAAAGAGAGGAACCCCUAUGGCUCUGAAGUUCUUCCCUCGUCAGUCUACCUCGCUCACCUCUUUCCUGCGUGAAUACAAUCUCUCACUUUCCUACUGCACCCAUCCUUCUCUGACAAGGGCCGUGGGCAUCUUCUUUUCCACGCCGUCCUACUAUGUCUUUGCCCAGCAAGCUGGUCUAUACGGUGACCUCUACAGUGUGAUAGUGUCAGAGGUCGGGGUGGAUGAAGAGCGCGUCCAGAGGGUGAUGGCCCAGCUGAGCGGUGCCGUUACACAUCUCCACUCCCUGGGCUUCGUCCACCGCGACAUCAAACCUGAGAACAUCUUCCUGUGUGACAGUUCCUGUCGCUGGGUCAAACUAGGUGACUUUGGCCUCUCCCGGGCCAUUGGCUCCACCGUUCGUGCCGUCUGGUACGAGUCUCCCUUCUGCACUCCUGAGGUGGAACCUGCCAAGGAGGCUCAGAAGGAGUGGGAUGGGACCGAGGAGGGGAUGGAGGACAUUUGGAUAACGGUGGAGCCAUGUAUCGACAGCUGGGCCCUUGGUGUACUCGUCUAUUGCCUCUUAACCAGCUGCUUCCCCUGGGAGGAGAGCACCAGCGACGACCGCGGCUAUCGUAGAUUCACGGAAUGGUUUUACCGUGAGGCUGAAAAGGAGGAGAAGAUGAGAGAAGGUGAGUGGAGGGGUGAGGAGGAAAUAGACAGUUAUACAAUCAUGCAGGAGAACCAAAGGGACAACCCUCCUCCCUCACAGUUUGAGGGCCUCAGCCCACUAGUGAUGACUCUUUUCAAGGAGCUGCUCCACCCUGAGCCCAAACACAGAGGGAGUCCCGAAGAGAUCCUGAGCUACCUGGGAGGGCCGUGGCUGACGGAGACAGAGAUCGAGGAGAAGAGGAAGGCAGACGAGGCGGAGAAGGAGGCCAGAAAAAUAAGAGAUGGAGGAGGAGUAGAAGAAGAGCUUGUGAGGGAAGGAAGAGGGGAGAGAUAA